GCCGCCGCAGGACGCGGAGGACCGCCGGGGCCAGCUGGUCGAGUCCGGGCCGCCCGGAGCGCUGGGGACGAGGACUCAAGCAGCCCCUCCGCCGGUUCCGCGGCCGCCGCCCGAGUGCCGCCCGCGCGCCCCGCUCGGGGCCGGAGAGCGCCGGCCCGCGCCCGGUCACCAUGCUGCUGCCGCGGCUCUGCUGGCUGCCGCUGCUCGCGGCGCUGCUCCCGCCGGCGCCCGCGCAGAAGUUCUCGGCGCUCACGUUUUUGAGAGUUGACCAAGACAAGGACAAAGACUGCAGCUUGGACUGCUCGGGCUCCGCCCAGAAGCCACUGUGCGCCUCCGACGGGAGGACCUUCCUAUCCCGCUGCGAGUUUCAACGCGCCAAGUGCAAAGACCCCCAGCUAGAAAUUGCUUAUCGAGGCAACUGCAAAGACGUGUCCAGGUGCGUGGCCGAGAGGAAGUACACCCAGGAGCAGGCCCGCAGGGAGCUGCAGCAGGUGUUCAUCCCCGAGUGCAGCGACGACGGGACCUACAGCCAGGUCCAGUGCCACAGCUACACGGGGUACUGCUGGUGCGUGACGCCCAACGGGAGGCCCAUCAGCGGCACCGCCGUGGCCCACAAGACACCCCGCUGUCCCGGUUCCAUAAAUGAAAAGGUACCCCAAAGGGAAGGCACAGGAAAAACAGUCUCCUUGCAAAUCUUUUCCGUUCUGAAUUCAGAUGAUGCCUCAGCUCCAGCGCUGGAGACUCAGCCUCAAGGAGACGAGGAAGAUGUUGCAUCACGGUACCCCACACUUUGGACUGAACAAGUUAAAAGUCGACAGAACAAAACCAAUAAGAAUUCAGUGUCCUCGUGCGACCAGGAGCAGCAGUCGGCCCUGGAGGAGGCCAGGCAGCCCAAGAACGACAACGUGGUCAUUCCCGAGUGCGCCCACGGCGGCCUCUACAAGCCGGUGCAGUGCCAUCCGUCCACAGGCUACUGCUGGUGCGUCCUGGUGGACACCGGCCGCCCCAUCCCCGGCACAUCCACCAGGUACGAGCAGCCGAAAUGCGACAACACGGCCAGGGCUCAUCCGGCCAGAACGCGGGACCGGUACAAGAGCCGCCAGCUCCAAGGUUGUCCUGGUGCCAAAAAGAGCGAGUUUCUGACGAGCGUGCUGGACGCGCUGUCCACGGACAUGGUCCACGCGGUCUCCGAUCCCUCCUCUCCCGGCAGGCUCUCGGAACCUGACCCCAGCCACACGCUGGAGGAGCGAGUGGUCCACUGGUAUUUCAAACUGCUGGAUAAAAACAACAGCGGGGACAUCGGCAAAAAGGAAAUCAAGCCCUUCAAGAGAUUUCUUCGGAAGAAGUCCAAACCCAAGAAAUGCGUGAAGAAGUUUGUGGAGUACUGCGAUGUGAAUAACGACAAGUCCAUCUCCCUGCAAGAGCUGAUGGGCUGCCUGGGCGCGACCAGAGAGGAGGUCAAGGCAGACACGGGGAAGCGCCACACCCCUAGAGGUAAUGCUGAAAGCACUUCUAAUCGACAGCCGAAGAAGCAAGGAUAGAUGACUCCACGGCAGGUCCUAGACACGUGGCCGACUCCCUCACCAAAAAGCAAUUAAAAAAAACCAAAACAAACACAUAGUAUUUGCACUUUGUACUUUAACUGUAAAUUCACUUUGUAGAAAUGAGAUAUUUAAACAGACGGCUUUAAUCUGUGAAAAUGGAAGGGCUGGCUUCAGAAAAUUAAUCACAUACAAUGUAUGUGUCCUUCUUUGACCUUCAGAAUCUGUAGCUGGUGGAGAUGUAUUUUGAGUGGAUUUGAGCUUGACUUCUUCAUCCUACACACGUUAGCCGACAGAAGCCUUGGCUGAGGUGCCCUGGCUCCAACCUGUGCCUCCUCCUGACGGGCGCCGUCAUGAGUAGUCCUGCCAGGUUGGCUGUGCCAGGGACCUACUGUCCUGGCGGCAUCGCUGAAUCCAUGCUGGAAGCUCCACGGCCCCGUAGACGUUUGUAGUCGCCUGCUGACCCCGUCCUGGCUUUGUUCAUCUCUUGGGGUUUUGUGUUGGCUUGUUGGUUUUCCUUCCCGAGCUCCUGCUCAUGCAAUGAGUUAUCCAUCCACUAGAGCAGUCUUUACCGUAGUGCCCCGCUAGAAGAGGGGAUAUUUCAAACUCUUCUUGAUAUGCCUGUUUUUCCAUUGCGAGCUUCUGUUUGAGUUUUGCCUUGGGCUCAGAUUAACCAUGCUGUAAAUGCUAGAGAAUUCUGACUGCCUUCCUGAGGCAGCGUGGAGGGGCCCGACAUUCAGAAAAGUAAAUUUAAUCACGAUCUGACCCAGCCAGCCAAACAUGCUUGUCAGCCUUCUUCUCCUCUUACCCCUGGCCCCUGUCCACCCGUCCAUGGUCUACCCCGGGGCUCCCAGGAAGGGAAAACUGCCACCUGAGCAAGUUGUGAGCAGCCUCCUUAAAGAAGGCAUGGCCAGGCGAGGCUGUGCUGGGCGCUGGUCCUGGCAGCUGGGGACAAAGGCCUGUGGGUGCCCGCUUCCCUUCUUCUUUCCUGAAGGUCUGGCCACUGGGAAAUUCACCCGAGUGGGGCUGGACAGGGAUGGGGGCAGCUGAAGGCCCCACGGGGGCAGCGGGGCCGGGCCUCGGGCCAGCUGGCUGCCCCCGUCAGGGCUGGAGCCCCGCCUUCGUGAUGUGCCCACGGGCUCCCCGGAGUGGAGUGGAGUGACAGGCUGUGACGCUGUGUCAGCUCGAGCUUUAGGUUUGGAAAAAAAUCUCCCUGGCCCCAGAUCCCCCAACACAGAGCCUGUCGAUCUGUCUCGACAGUUUUCAUGAAGACGUUUCCUGCAGCGUCUCGUUUAUAUUGUGGGAAAGUCAAAGUGGAAGCUUGGAGCCUCAAAACCAGCCCCCGUGUGUUUCACCAUUGUUUAAGAAACAGUUAUGAUCCUAAAUUUAUUGGAUAAUCUUUUAUAUUUCUGAACUUUGAAUUUAAUCAUUUUUCUUAGAUUAAAAUAAAAUAUGCUAUCAAAACCAUA